AAAUUUUAUUAUUCAGCUAAAGUAGUUUGUUUAUUUGUUAAAAACGAUUUUAUAAGGAAAAGUGAAAGUGUUUAUUAAGAUUGUUAAAAAAAAAAAUAGAAAAACAAAAUGUUAAAAAAUAGUGUUUUACAAAUAAGAAAUUUUGCUACACAAAAGAUCAAAAAUGAAUUGCAAAGCAAGUUGGGCAUAAUAGGAGUGCCAUUUUCUAAGGGUCAAACCAAGGGAGGAGUAGAACGGGCUCCCGAUUUAUUAAGAGAACAGGGAUUAAUAGAAAUUUUAAAGGAAACGGCUAGAGGCCGUUUAGCCAUAACCGAUUAUGGUAAUUUAAAAUAUGAUCCCUCAACUGAAGCCGAAACAUCUUAUUAUAAAAAUAUGAAAAACUAUGCCUCCUUUAUGAGUUGCAAUAAGGCCUUGAUAGAGAAAAUACCACAGAUAUUACAGGAACAACAACAGUUCUUAUGUUUGGGCGGUGAUCAUGCUAUAGGUUUUGGUUCGGUGGCUGGUCAUUUAAAACACACUCCCAAUUUAUCUUUGGUUUGGAUUGAUGCUCAUGCUGAUAUUAAUUUACACUCCACCACUGCCUCGGGUAAUAUCCAUGGUAUGCCCGUGUCAUUUCUAUUGGAAGAAUUAAGAGAUUUUUGGAAACAUGCUCAUUUAGAUGAUAUUGCUCCCAAUUGCUUGCGUGCCGAUCAGUUGGUUUACAUUGGUCUUAGGGACAUUGACCCUUAUGAAGCCUACAUACUCAAUAAGCUGGGUAUAAGAGCAUAUGCCAUGGAUUCUGUCGAUAAAUAUGGCAUUGCUAAAAUUAUGGAAAUGACCCUCGACGCUUUGGAUGUCAAAAAUAAAAUUCAUGUUAGUUUUGAUGUCGAUGCUUUGGAUAGUAAGGUGGCUCCCAGUACUGGUACUGCUGUCUAUGGUGGUUUGUCUUUGCGUGAGGGUAUUUUCAUAGUGGAAAGUUUAAGUGAAACAAAACGUGUUCAAGGUAUAGAUUUAGUGGAGUUAAACCCCAGCUUAGGUAAUGCUCAAGAUGUUAAGACUUCAGUGUCGGCUACCAUGGAAAUUUUGAAAACAAUAUGUGGCGGUUACAGACGUAGAGGAAAUUUUGAAAAUAUCGAUGAAAGUCUGGUGAAAAUUAAAACGGAAUGAAGUGAAUUAAA